AUGUCGUGGGUUCGGUGCUGCCUAGACCGUCCGAUAUUGAAGAGGCGAUCACAGAAAACUACAGGGCCUCUCGAUGAACGAUUUGGAGAUCCCUCAAUUAGUGGGCCUAUGGAAGGUGGAUGGAACCAAAUUUCACCAUCACCAGAAGCUAAAGAGAGCGGCUUUCCAUCCAGAAAUGGUAAUGUUAUAUCUGAACAACAGGUUAAGAAUAGUGGUGACCUCGUACGGACCCAUUCAAAGCCGUGGAGAUACUCUCCGCGUGGCUUCAACGCACGAAAGAAUGAUGAACCGGUAGAGCCUGAGAGAUCAUUCAAUGAGAGAGCGUCAUCGCCCACCGCAACAAAGGAUAAGGCAGAUUUUAUUUACAAACCUGCCAGUGGCGAGUUCCUAAAAACCAUGGCCGAACUUGGGAAACCGAAAAACGGACGUUAUUCCUCUGAAAUGUCAAGGUCUAUUGUGAAUAACCGACAUACUUCUUUGCAGAGCAACAGCUCCCUAGAGCCAACUCUACCCGGAGAGAUCCCACGACAUCCAUAUCACCAGGACUUUUCUACGCGAAGCCAUUCUCCAGCGCAUCGUACUUACUCUAAUAAAUCCACAAGCCCAACGGAGCACAACUUCGACCAGCGAACUCCAGCCACCAACUACAGUACAUCAGCGCGCAACUCAACUACUAGGGAUGAAGACUAUAGCAGUUACACAACAACAACAAUGGACAUUGAGAAAUCCCCCCGGUCCAUAAUAUCCGACACCGCUCCCGUGCCAACAUACUUGCCCUCCAACCCUGCUCCAUCUGAGCAAAGUCGGAAAAAAAGGAAGGCUAAGCCCAAACGAGUGGUGACUUCUGAAAUGGUGCCAUCAACAAACGACCUUUUCGGCUGA